AUCCAAUAAACACAUCAAUCUUUACUCAUUUACUCAAUCUUGACCACUUCAUCACCAUCAAGGCAUCAUAAUAAAAUUUGCAUAAUCUACAAAUUGUGGUGGUGAUUUGAUUUGAAUAUGAUUAAACCAUCACCACUUAAAAAAUCACAAUUGGAAGUAUCAAAAUUUGCAUAGAUUUUUUAAAAAAGGCUGGCAUUUUUGUACUAAUUUACGAAAUCACAAAUUCCUGAAAUGCAUCUGAUGAGGAUUAAAGUCUCGCUGCACUGGUGAGUUCAUUGACUUUUGAGAGAGAGGUCAAGAAAAGUGAGGAGAAAGAAAAGUCCAGAAGUCUGCAGCAGGCAGCCUGGUGGUGGUGGUGAUUUGCAUGUCGCGUCUCUUGGUGAUGGUGCUUUUCCAGUUUGAUCGAAGCCCAUCAGUUGGUAAUUUCCGUGGUGGUGUGAACAACUCGCUCUCUCUUUCCUCUCUCUCUGUCUCUCUGUCUUUCCAUUUUUUACUCUCGGAAACUUCGGGUUUUUGAAACUUUUAACUCUGCCAAAAUGUUUACCCUGCUUCGUGAGAACUGCAACAAUGAGUCGGUCUACUCCUUGAUCCAGCCACCGCAAGAAAUCCCUGCUCCCGGUCCACCAUUGUACAAGUCUCGGUUCUCUUGCAAGGUGCGUGAAGACGCGUAUGAUGCGAGGAAGGGGUGUUUUCUCACGAUGGGUGUGCCUCGAGUGUGCCAAGAUCCGCCGACAUGCUACUUGAAGAAGCAGACACGGGCUCCAAUGUCAAUCCGGAGGAAAGUGGGAUUGCCCAAAGUGGAAAUGGUGUGCAAUCCGUGUCAAACUGGUGACGAUGAGGAGAACACUGCUGCUGCUGAAUGUCCUCCACCCACUGAGGAAUGUUCCAUAAUCGCCGAAUGUGGCAGUGGCGACCAAGCAUCUGCUCCGCCGUGUUGUCAAGAGGAAAAAUGUCGCAUAGCCCGCAUCUGUCUCUGUGCCGGUUUGAAAGAAAAGCCACCAGUGCCCCCGCCUUGCGCCAAGUUCGGAGUGAUUCCCACUUGCUGUAAGGACUACGUGCGAGACAACAUUCGCAACGCAGUGCGUCAAGUUCCCCGCAAACCGACCAUGCGUUUCGUCGAUGACCGCGUCGGCCACACGAAGAACUGGUGCACUUCAGGCAUGCCCCGAUUGUACGUGUGUGGCGAAAACUUUGGCAAGAUUCCGUGCUACUUGGAAGACAUCAAGGCUGAUUUGCACGUCCAAGCGCAGAAGGAGAAGAGUCUCAUGAAGGCGCAGGAGAUCAGCGCGCAAGAAAACUGUCGCCAUUUGGACCCCGUGGAGCGAGACGCGAUCACCUGCGGCCUCAAGAAGAAUUGGGAAGAAGUCUUCGCCGACUAUCAAGCUCUUCCCCUCUUAAUAGACACGGCUGGCAAGAUUCAACGGAAAUCAGAGUUGGAAAAGGAAUUGAAAAAGUUGGAGCAAGACAUUCAAGUUUUGGAACGGCAUGACCACCUCUUCGUCGCUGAUACUUGUCGCUCUUUCUAUCUAGCCUAAAACUAUCACUACCAUUAGCUAAUUAACAAAAAAAAAGUCUUAUAAUCUCAAAUAAUCUGGCCCUGUCUAAUAAUGUAACUCCAACUUCAUUAUCACAACCACUCAUGUAACAAGUAUGAUUGUGUAACAUUAUUUUAAAAUCAAACUAAAAAUUGUAACUAAUAUUAAUGAAUAAGAAUGAUU